AUGCAGCAUUAACAUGGUCCAAAUUGUGGAUGUGCUGAAUAUAUGUUUAAUGAAGAUGCAGAUGAUUUAUAUGGUCAAAUAGAAAUUGAUAAAGUUGAUUGUUUGAAUGAAACUGCAUAAAACAUCAAAUAGAUCAUUAGACCAGAAAUAGAUAAGACAAAGAAAGUUAAAUAUAGUAUUCCAUAAUUUAGGAUCAUUAUGUAUAAUCUGAUUUAGAUUCAGAAAUUAUUGUUAUAAUUCCUUUUAAUGAGACUGUAAGAAUCAGAUAAAUAAAUAUUGUAAGUUUAAACGAAGGAUCAGCUCCAAAUUUAAUGAAAGCUUAUAUUAAUAUUUCUAAUGUUGAUUUUGGACUUAUAGAGACACCUUGUGUAGAAGUAUUAAUAUAAUUAAAAAUAUAGUAAUUUAUAUUAAGUCCAAACUUAGAUGGUUUAUUUGGUAAUGCUGUAAAAAUAUCAAAAUUUGAAAAUGUUAAUAAUCUUAUUUUAUAUAUAAAAUCAACAAUAAAUGAUCCAAUCAGAAUAUCAUAUAUUGGAUUGAAAGGUAUAAGAACAUUUUAAUCAAAAUAACUUGCAAAUACUAUUUAUGAAUUAAAUCCAUUGGCAAAAUAAGUUGAUCCUGAUAAAGUUGUAUUUGAUAGUGUAUGUUGA